CUUGGGUCGGGCCACCCACGAACCCACAGAUCCAUCCAGCUCCACGCCCUAACCCUACCCGCAUUCCCCUCUCCGCCGCUUCCGUCGGGUCGCCGGCGUCGAUCUCCCGCUCCCUGAUUCCCCCCCCUGAUUCCGAGUUCCUCACUUUGCCCGCGCUCCCAUUUCCGGCGAAUUUUGAGCUUCCGGUGAGCAGUAUGCAACGCGAUCCCCCGUGCCUUAUUUUUCGGCUCCAAAUUCCGUUCGCUGUCGGCUCCUGUUUGCUGCUACGGACGUGUGCUAGUUUUUCUUCAUAUACUCUUCUUCCGUGUUUUCUUGCUUGUAGUGAGUGAGUUAACCAGCUGAUGGUUUCAGGGGAAACUGUAACAUAUUCUACUAGUGCUGAACGUUAGCUAGCUCGAAUAAAAAGGUCCAUGCUGCCAUUUUACUGCUGACGUUUGCGCCUACCAUUUCUCCAUACGAAAUCGUGCUUAUAAAACUUUGUGCUGUUUUUGUGGUAUAGGUUAAGAGUCAUACCUGUAUUUAGGUGAGAGGUUGCUUACUGUGCUUUCAUUCCGUAUGUAUUUAUCCACUCCGCGGUUUAAUCACGUGCUAUGCUGAAAAUUGAUCGUGCUGUAUCAGCUACAGCUAUGGAACAUGAUGAGCAUGACAGCGACGAUGAUGUGCCACCCGGGCUGGAUUCUGAUGGAGAUGCAUCCAGGUUCAAGAAGAAGAGGUCCAAGGUGUGGGAAGAGUACACGCCUAUAUACAUAAAUGGGGUGAUCCAGAGCGCAGAAUGCCGCUACUGCCGUACGCUCAUGAGUUGCAAGGGUGCUGAGGGACGCUCCAACGGAACGAGCCAUUUGUGGCGACACCAUAAGAACUGUCGAGCAAAAGGAGGAGUUGAUCCGAGCGAGCUACAAGAUACAGACUUUCCAUAUGGUGUGAAUGACAUUGAUCCGGUGAACAUGGUUCUUCCACAGUCACUUGAUGACAUAAACUUGGUAAAUAUUAGUGAGAACAGCAGAUACAGAUCAAAGGUAUGGAUGGACUUCACGCCUGUCUAUGUUGAGGGGAGAAUCCAGGGUGCUGACUGUGUCCAUUGCCACAAGAGAUUUAGUGCAGAAGGUAGAAGUCAUUUGAACCGACACACCCAGUCUUGCUCAGCACGGGUUGGAACUAGUGCAAAUCAUCAGGACAGUUGGUUCUUUUCAUCCAGUGUACAAUCUAGGGUGAAGGAUGAACUUUCACCUGCCUUGACAAAUGGUAAGGUUCAAAUUGCGGAAUAUGCUAGCCGGCUCCUCAAGGGUAAUACUUCUGGUCAUAGAAACCAUCAGAAUCAGCACAUUCUAGCUUUACCAGCAGACAGCAUGACCCCAACAGAACCAAGUAACUUGUCUGCUCACACCAGGAAAUUGGAUCAAGAAGCAUCUUACCAAGAUCUAACUAGGAUGAUAGUAAUGCAUGGUUAUCCCCUGUCAAUUGUGGAGCAUGAAGAAAUGAAAAGAUUUGCGAAGGGCCUCAAUCCUAUGUUUAACAUGGCUUCAAGCCUAGAUAUGGAAGAAUAUUCAACCCUUCUGUUUCAGAAAGAAAAGUCUGACCUUAAGGAGAAAAUUGCACUUUCGUCACAGCGAGUUUCGUUAUCAGCAAGUGUGUGGUUUCCUCACGGAGCUGAGCCCACCAUAAAGUACCUAUGUUUGACAGCGCAUUUUAUUGAUGCUGACUGGAAGCUUCAAAGGAGAAUAAUCAAGUUCGGUGUAUUUUGGUCCGCACCUUCUAAUUUGGAAAGGAUUAUACACCAUAAGGAAGCAUGUGUGCUAGAGUGUGAGAUUGGGGCAUGUAAUGUCAUAUGGGAGGCUAUAAGAGAUUGGAAUCUUGACAGGAAGCUUUUCUGCUUCGCAUCUGUCAGCGAAAUAAGAAACGACGAAAGUAUCUCGAAGCUGAAGGACAUGCUCAUGCAGAGGAACUCUCUUCCUAUUAGAGGUCAGCUGUACAAUAUUGCUUGUGUUGAUGAUGUGCUUAACAGCGUUAUUUUACAAGGGCAACAAAUGCUUUACCUUGUUGGUGAUCUGCUUGAGAGAUUUAUCCAAGCAUGCGUAUCUUCAUCGCUGACUCGGCAGCAACUUCUAGAAGUUGUUACUCAUGUUGGUUUGAAGUGCCCCCAUGAAGAUUCAAAAUGGUGGCACAAAAUUUACUUUAGACUCGAGGUACUUCUGCAUUACAAGAAGUCAUUUCCUUCUGAAGAAUUGGUGUCCCUGGAUGAAAUGAAAAUUGUUGAGCCUAUCUGCAAGAUUUUGAGGGUUUUUUAUCGAGUCAUUGAAGUAAUUUCUGGCUCUGUUUGCCUGACAGCAAAUAUGUACUUCCAUGAAGUAUGGAAAGUGAGGACUAUUUUGCAAGAAGAAGCAUCUACUGAACACACUGACGUUGCUAGCAUGGUUAGAGAGAUGCAGGAGGCAUUCAAUGAAUAUUGGCAAAACUCUUACUUGUGGUUGUCUGUGCCUGUUGUUCUUGAUCCAAGAUUCAAAAUUACUUUUAUUGAGUUCCGUCUUAAACGAGCUUUUGGUGCUGAUGCAGCUAAGUAUGUAAAUGAUGUAACUGAAAUAACAAGGGAAUUGUUUCAUGAAUAUUGUACCUCUAUGGAUCAGUCGAAUAUUCAGACCUCAAAUUGUCAAGCUCACGAUGUCGAAAUGUAUGGAUUUGACAGUGAUUCAUUGGAAGAUUGGGAUCAGCAUCUUACUGCACAGACAAGGAGUCAACUAUUGUCAGAGCUUGACAACUACCUUGAAGAUGGCCUUGUUCCACGGAAGGAUGAUUUUGAUAUUCUAAACUGGUGGAUGAGUCAUUCAUCAAAGUAUCCAACCCUCUCAAUUAUGGCGCAGGAUGUAUUAGCAAUGCCAUGUUCUGCUGUUCAUUGUGAUGCAGCAUUCAGCAGUCGGGGGCCGGUGAUUCAUAAGCAAUGGAGCACAUUAAACAUCAAGACAAUUGAAGCACUUGUGUGUACCCGGGAUUGGAUUAAAUAGGCUACAUGUUAUGCCACAGCACACUUUUUAUUGGAUGAAGGCUACAAUUCGUACAUACCCGUCACUCACUGCUGUUCUAACAUAGGAUGCUAUUGACUAAUUGGCUAAGCUGACUUACCUAUUAUUGUUCCACACAUGUUCUCGCAGCAACCCUGCUAUGUCUCAGAUAUUUCUGCAUAUUCUUCACCCCAGAUUUUUGGUUUCUGGGUGUUAUUCUUCAGGUGUACAUGCUAUGUUGUUUUCUGUGUUUAGACUUUAAGGAUCUUGCCCAGCUGUGUGUGUGUGUGUGUACCGUGCCAAUGGUUUGGCACUGCUUUGACCUGGCGAGGAGGAACACUCGCGUGAACUGUAUAUGAGUCCAUCCGCUGUUCGAUUUACUAGUUACCAAUACUAGUAUGUUCUAUGGAUGUUGUCACUGUAUUAGAUAACCAUGUUGAUGGGUAAAACACAGCAUCAUGAGAUUCAAUUGAAUGCAUUGGAAUCUCGGACA